CCGUCGUUUAUCUUCCUUGUUCUUGACUCGGGUCGGUUAGGCUGUAUGCGAGUGGUUGCGCUGUCAGUAGCCAUCAUGGCCUCGUUCUUGGCCAACUUUCUGAGGGGCGAAACCACGACUCGCACGGGGGGCUCUGGCAGCAACUCCUGGGAGGUCGGGGCACCCUGCUCACGGUGCGGCGCCGAGAGUCAUGGUGAAGACGUGUGCUUUACCAAGGGUAUCGAGCUUCAAGACUGGAGGCCGUCCCAGCGGGGCCGGCGCGUACACGAAGCACGGAGGCGAGAUCCAGCCUGUGAACACGAGGCUCCACGAAGUGUAAGCAUAUGUAUUCCGGGGAGGCAAGAGCACGAAUCGAGCGGUAUGUCCAAAGUUUUUGAUGUGCAACAGGCAAACCCUGUUGCCUGACUCGGUUGUGAAGCACAUCCAGAAGUGUCCCAACGUGUGCUGCCCCGAGUGGGCAGGUCGUGGUCAUGUGCAGCCAGUUGAACGAGGAGGCGAUCAUCACGCUCGGCCCGGAGGCAGGAGCCAUGACGACGGGGGGGCACCACUGCUACAUCGAUCUCCAGCGAGCCAGGACGAUUCUCAACAAGUGCGAGAGGGCAUAUCUCGACGGCGCCACAUUUAUCGCUGGGCAAGAUGUUUGUGUAAUCAGGUGAGUCACUGACAGUCUCCAAAGGGUGGACGCACUCAGGUGAGUCACUGAGAGUCUCCAAGGGGUGAAUGCACUCACGGGGAGGUGCAGAAAAUUUUUGGCCCAUCGCCUCUCACAUGAACCACAAGGACAGGGAGCAGAAAAACUGGAUAGCGAGAGAAUGAGCCCGCCUUGCAAACUCCCUCGCGCUAAUGCACG